AUGAAUGAAACAGUCGAUAGUGUGCGACGUUUUGUGACAGAUCAAUCAUCGUUUGCCGCCGAUAAAAUGAGUUCAAUUUUUGCUUCGUUACGUCGUCGUUUUGGCACCAAUGCGGGUAUGAAUGAGACGGAUCAACUUCUAUUAGCUAUUAACGAUGCUAGAAAAAUAAUUCGAAGCUAUCAUAACGAAAUGAAUGCUAAUUUACUCACUGUAACAUCUUCUUAUCAUUAUUCUAUCGAUCGUCUUGAAAAAUAUUUACACAUAGCUCAACAACAUUAUCAGCGUAUUUUACUCUAUGAACAACAACAAAAUACUAAUGGGCGUUUAAAUCGACGGUCAUCCAUUAGAGAACAUCAUUCUAAAAUUGAACUAACAGAUACGAUUAAAGUAACUAACGAACUACGAUCGCUCAUUGAACAAACAUCGAACAAUAAAAACACUUAUUCGUUCUUUGUAGGUGACGAUAAUAAUAUUAACAAUUCUUCAAAAGAUGGAGAAAAAUAUCUGAAUGCUUAUGAUACGUUAAACAAAAAUCGAAAUGUUGUUCGAUCAAAUCCAACAUUGAAUGAGGAUAUAAGUGAUAGCAACGGUAAGAUACAUCGUCAAAAAUUCAGAAAUUCUAUGAGAAAUAUGCUCAAACGUCAACUAACAUCCACAACAAGAAAAGUAUCUAAAACAAAAACACCUAUUCUAGGUAAUGAUUCAUACAAUCAUAUUUAUGAAACUCUUGAAUCAUCUAGUCCAAUUAAAGAUGAAACAACUACAGAAAUAUCUACACCAAAACCACAAGAACCAUCACCAAAAUGUGUCUAUUUGUUACCAAGUUCCUUGGUCGUUCUCGAUCAUUUUACAACUAAUCUCUAUCUUGCUGUCAACACAUCAUUAAACCAAAUUUUAGUUGUAUUUGGUUCAACAAAAAUUCAUACUAUAAAAACAUACAAUACAGAUGGAAAGAAGACGGGAAAUGAUUUAAUUCUAAAUUAUAAGUAUGAAGAUCUUCAUGGUUAUAAACUUUUAUGUUGUGCACUUAAUAAUAGUAAUCAGUAUCGUAUUAUCGUUAAUGAAAUACGUGUCUACGCCAAAUCACCACCACUACCACAAACAACACCAAUAACAGCUAUUGAAGAUUUUCGACAAACGAUGAAACAACGUUUAUUAUUUUUUGACGAUGUUGGUCGAUAUAUAUGUGUAUCAAAACGUAUACCUGUUCAAAAUGAAAUAUUUUGUGUUGAAAUCGACCGUAACACAACAUCAAUUUAUGUCUAUGAUGGUGAAUUACUUUUAUGUUUAGAUCGAGGAUGGACAGUACCAGUUGAAAAUGCUGAGUGCAUUGCAUGUGGUGCAACAUUUUUGGUUUGCUUACACAUGAAAACUAAUCAAAUAAGCGUCUAUAAUAGUACGAAUGGUCAAUUUAGUUAUCGUUGGAUAAUAUCAUCGUCGUCUGUGACACAUUUACAGUGUAUUCACUUAUGUGUAUCAAAAAACGAUGAAAUUUACGUAUUAACAUGGAAUCGUGAUGUAUCACCAUCUAAUAAUUUGAUACUAGUAUUUAACGAAGAAGGACAUUUACAGCGUGAAAUUUGCAUACCGAAUAAAAUAACAUUGAAUGUACAUGGAAAGUAUGAGUACACAAUGACCAUUGGUGGUGGACAACAGUCACACCAAAAUCAGUUUUCAACACUAAUGAAACGUCAACAAAUGAAACUAAAACCAGCCAUUCCUCCAGUACAAUUAGCCAAUUCUGAUUCGUCAUUGAUGUGGAUGCAACGACCAACACAUUUAGUAUGGGGAACGCCUUCUCGCUUUCCAUUUGCACCACAACAAAACCCGUGGGCAUUUCAAAGACCACCUUUGAAUUAUUCAAAUCCACCACCAGCAGGACUAGGCAUUUACGGUGGUUAUGAUCGAAUGAUGAUGCGUCACCCUCAGUCAGAUCACAGUGAUCCAACAAUAUUUAGAGCAUGUUUCGUUGCUAUCACUGAUGAUGGUACAUUAAUUGUGUCUAACAUAAGCGAUUUGGGCAUGGAUGAAGACAUUAGUCAAGGAUCAGAAAUUAGAUUAAACAGAAAAAUUGUCUUUUUUCAUUUGGGAACUUGA